AACAAAACAAAAAAGCCAGCCUCGACCCGCCCCCUUUCCAUUCCCAUGGAUCGUGUUACUGGAGGCUCCUCGACAUCUGCUGCUCCGGCGAACAACAGUGCGCGCUCCCGCGUCUCGAACCCGCGCCUGCGGCUCCUCCUGCCCUCUUCCCAGGACCACCGAGCUCUCUUCUUCUUCUCCUCCUUUUUGUGUGUGUGUGUGUGUGUGUGCGCGCGCGAGAGAGAGCUCACGUGGAGCCACCGUGCAUGUGCCCUCCACGUUUCCCGGCUGUAGCUGACCUCGCCGAGGACGCGCAUCCUCCACCGCUCGGUCUCCACUCAGUCCCGUGCGUGCGCCGGCUGCCCGACUCCACACGAGCCGGGUUCCAUCGAACUCUCAUCGAACUGAACACUUGUGUUUUUGCCUGUGCGCGCCUCAGGCAGCUGUUUUUUUUUUUUUUUUUUUUGCGGGUUGGCGUCCUCUCUUUGCCCCGGCAGAGGACAACUGAGGACGGAUGCGCGCAGCAGAAGUGUCUGAUGCUCUUUUGCCUCGUUUUUAGUCCUUUUUUUUUUUUCCAUUUCAAUUUGAGAGAGCAUGGAGUCCGUGGAGAAGGAGUGCGGGGCGCUGGGUGGGUUGUUCCAGGCUAUCGUCAACGACAUGAAGAGCUCUUACCCUGUGUGGGAAGACUUCAGCGCCAAGGCUACGAAACUGCAUUCUCAACUAAGGACCACAAUUCUGGCAGCUGUGGCGUUUUUAGAUGCUUUUCAGAAAGUGGCGGACAUGGCAACCAACUCAAGGGGUGCCACCAGGGAUAUUGGCUCCGCUCUGACCAGGAUGUGCAUGCGACACCGCAGCAUUGAGGCAAAACUACGCCACUUCACCAAUGCUCUAAUGGAAGGCCUGGUCACGCCACUCCAGGACAGAAUAGAGGAAUGGAAGAAGACUGCCAAUCAGCUGGACAAGGACCAUGCCAAAGAAUACAAGCGGUCUCGGCAAGAAAUCAAACGAAAGUCAUUAGAUACCAUCAAACUUCAGAAAAAGGCAAGAAAAGGGCGGGGCAACCUGCGCCCACAGCUGGACAGUGCCAUGCAGGACGUCAGCGACCUGUACCUGCUCAUGGAGGAGACGGAGAAGCAGGCCGUGCGCAGAGCACUCUUGGAAGAGAGAGGGCGCUAUUGUACAUUCAUUAACUUGCUGCAGCCUGUUGUGAAUGUUGAGAUUGCCAUGUUGGGAGAGACAACACACUUACAGGCCAUUGUUGAUGACCUUACGCUGUUAACUGAAGACCCGCACAAACUUCCUCCAGCAAGUGAGCAGGUGAUCCGGGACCUGAAAGGUUCAGACUUCACCUGGUCCUAUCAGACACCUCCCUCCUCUCCUAGCAGCAUCAGCUCCAGAAAGAGCAGCAUGUGCAGUCUUCUCCAGAUGCCCUCUGCAGGGGCCCAUCGGCUCAGCAGCGUCUCCUCUCACGACUCAGGAUUCGUCUCCCAGGAUGCCAACGCCCAUUCCAAGCCUCCUUCUCCCAUGCCCUCUGACAUCACCAGCCAGAACUCAACAAGCUCGGCCUCCUCCGAGGCUUCAGAAACCUGCCAGUCUGUCAGCGGGUGCAACUCCCCCACAGCGUUUGGCUCAUGCUCAUCCUUCGGCACCUUCCGCCCUGCUUUCUCUCACACUGGCACCAUCAGGCCUCUGUCUGUCAUACUUCCUGCGUCCCCCACAUUUAACCACUCCCCCGGAUCCAACACCCCCUCACCCACAUCAAAGGUUCCUAGCUGGAAGGAGUGGGCCAAAUCGAGCCAGUGUGAGGCGUCAUUGGCCAGCACUUUGCAGCGCAGGAGAGAGUCCCUGGAUAAAACGAGAGCCAUGGAAGCUCCGCCCAGUCCGAAGGGGUAUUCUGGGAUCCAAGGAGAUGACGCGCACCGAGCAAGAAUUGCCCCAGGAAUGAUCGCAGCUAAGCUCGGGGAGCCUCUGUCUCCGGCAGCCAGUACGCUCGCCAUGGUAUUGACGAGAGGCCUAAGCAUGGAGCAGCAGAAAAGCAGCAGAGACUCACUGCAGUAUUCCAGUGGCUACAGCACCCAGACAAACACCCCUUCGUGCUCUGAGGACACCAUCCCCUCCCAAGGUUCUGAUUAUGAGUGCUACUCUCUUAAUGGGGAUGCUGACACAGAAGCACCAACCGAGUUUGACAAGUCUUCCACCAUCCCGCGCCACAGCAACAUCGCCCAAAGCUACCGCCGCAUGAUUCAAACCAAAAGGCCUGCCAGCACAGCAGGCCUUCCUGCAGGUAAGAGCCUGCAGGGGGCUACAAACGGUGCCGGGGUCAGCAACGGAGGAACGGUUGUCUCCGGAACGGCGACUAUUCGGCGGACGCCGUCCUCCAAGACCGGGGUGAGACGCACACCUUCCACAUCCGGCCCCAUUCCCAUACGACCUCCCAUUGUGCCGGUGAAAACCCCCACUGUGCCUGACUCGCCGGGGUACGCCAGCCCGCCCCAGCAUCGCGCAUGUAGUGAAGACUUUGUCUACUCAGACGAUCCGUAUGCUAGUGAAUACGUGAGGGCUUCUCCUCAGCAAAGGAGCCUCCCUGACACAGCGUGGGCUUGUGGACGUACACACAGGACUUCUUACACCCACCCGGGCCAAGGCGUGGCCACCCACAGUGCUGAGGAGGACUCAAUGCUGGCUGCCAACCGCCAUAGUCUGGUGGAGAAAAUAGGAGAGCUGGCGGCCAGUGCCCAUGCCCUCGGUGAGGGUCAAUUCCCCUUCCCCAGCUCAUCAUUAGGGGAUUCUACGCCUUGUGCACUCCAGGAGGCGUCUUCUGAAGGCCAAAAAGGCAUAGACAUGCUGGUGACUAUACGUCGGGGCGUGAAGCUCCGCAAGACAGUUACUGAUGACAGGUCGGCCCCUCGGAUCCUGCGGUAGCUGACGAAAGUGUCUUUGAGAAGAAAUAGGACAGCGCUCACGUUGGUGCCGUUGGUGUUCAUCAUUUCACGUCAUGCAUGUUUUAUGUACAUAUAAUGUAGCCCCUAUUUUUUUUUUUUUCGUUUGAUUUGUUAUAUAUAUAUAUAUAUAUAUAUUGUUUGUUUAGCCUUGUGGGUGUUGAUCUCCCCCUCUUGCCCCCUCUUUUGAUCCUCAUGCUCCGGUUCUCACAAAAUCUUAGUGACGCAAUGAAUCCUGUGUGUCUCUGUUUCCUCUUGCUCUUAAUGUACAAUUAUUUUCUUCCUCAACAAUGCACCUAUCAUUGGAACGUGAUGGUCGAAGAGCUCUGUGAGCCUCUCCGUGUGUCGUGUUUCCCAUCUUUACCGUGCAACACCAUUAUUACUGUUAUAUAUCAGAAGUUCAGCAGCAGCUUGGUGAUUCAUUUAUAAUAGAAGCAGUAUGGCAGUGUUUUUAUUGCUGUAAUGUACUGUCUAUAUAUUCUGCAAUUAAACAAGCUUUGUAUUGUUAA